AUGUCCCGCUUCUCGCAAUACGACACAGACGAAGAGCGCCUCCCAGAGGGCAUGAGGCGAGUCGGCUACGACGCCGACACCCAAGUCCACACCUUCCAAGACGCCGACGGCAGCUACUGGGAGGGCGCCCCGGGAUCCCAGUACGGCCGGCUGACCCGCGUCGGCGACGACGACAACCCCUCCUCCGACAACCAACCGUUCCUCGCAUCCGACCAGCUCCAGCCAAAGGUCUCCUGGCGACACGAGAUGAUGCCGCUGCUCAACUUCGCCCUCCUCAUUGGCCUGACUCUCGUUGUGCUCUUCUGGUUCCUCUACCGGGGCGCGGGGUCUGGCGGGAAGAAGGCCGAGGUUAGAUGCGAGCCGGGUAGUGAGGUGUACACCAUUAAGAGCGGGGAUACGUGCUGGGCCAUCGCCGAGGAUAGGGGCAUCAGCGUCGAGGAUAUACUUGGGUGGAACCCUAAACUUGUCUGUGACGCGCUGGCUGUGGGCUCUAUGAUUUGCCUUCCCGAGUGA